UUUAACCCAUGGAUCGCUCGUUGCGAUAUUAUCACAGCUCAUAGCGGGGGGCACAAUACUGAGAGUAAAUACUGAGGACACUCAAAAAUGAAUCUGCUUUAUUUACUAUUUUGAGUCUCACGACUACAACAGACUGAACUGUGAAGAUGGGGCACUGCACUGGGAGGUGUAUGUUGAUAUUCUUCUGCACUGUUCAGCUGAUCACUGCUGUGGAGAGACAGGUGUUUGAUUUUCUAGGUUACCAGUGGGCGCCCAUCCUUGUCAACUUCCUGCACAUCAUUGUGGUGAUAUUGGUCUUGUUUGGGACAGUCCAGUACAAGCCCCGUUAUAUAGUUUUGUAUAUAGCCUGGACUGUGUUUUGGGUGACAUGGAACAUCUUUAUCUGUUGCCUUUAUCUAGACCUUGGAGGACUCUCAAAGGACAGUGAUUAUCUGUCAUUGGGACUUUCCUCUCAGCGAUCAUGGUGGAAGGACAAUAGUCCAGGCUGUGCAAUCAGAAACCUCCCAACCACUAGGUGGCAGCAUCUGGAAAGUCCUGCUCUGGUCUCUGAAAUGGGCUGCAUGCUUGAGUAUCAGUACAUCGAGGUUGUGCACAGUGCCCUGCAGCUGUUCCUUUCCGCCAUUGGAUUUGUAUUUGCCUGCUAUGUCGUCAGCAUCUUCACUGAAGAGGAUGACCCAUGUUUAUUUGUAUAAGUAACCAGUGUCCAGAGCUCAUCGGCAUUUCAAGAAAGAGAAGGAACACUGAGAGGGGAAAAGAUAACAGGAAAGGACAUCGCCAGUUCUCAGUAUGAGUGCAAGCAAAGGAAACCAGAUCUGAUACUGUAGCUUCCAAAUGAUUCUUCGUCGUGAUUAUGAUAUAUAAAGUAACAUUACAAUACACCCGAUCACAGUUAAGAAAAUAAUAAUAGCCAAAACCAAAAAUAAUGAGAACAUUUCCUUUAAACAUGAAUACAGCUCCCACUGUUGCUGAUUUUCUGAUAUAUUUCAGAGACUUUGCGGAGAUUAACAGAGCCCACCCCUCAACCAAUCCUUACUGUUCUGUAAUGAUUUUCAAGUUUCCAAUUCAAAAGGGUAUAUAUUGUACAUAUUCAAAUGAGAUUAGUUAGAACGUAUUGUAGAGAUCACUUUUUGUGUGCUUAAUGUUUUAAUAGUGAUUAAAUAGUGGCGAAUGACUUGUUACAUGUAUUACCUGUGUAGAGUACAGGACAAAAUGCUGCUUGAUGUUUAAUGAUCAACAUCAUUAAUUUUUACAGUUCCAAUAAUACAAAAGAGACAUGUGACUAUGUAUGAGCGAGUGCUGAGAGUGUCUGUCUUAACGGCCCAAAGAAAAAAGAAAUGCUGUAUGUACAGUGCAUCAAACCUCAUCUUGUAAGUGUAAAUAAUUCAGCAUUACUGAUAAACGAAUAUUGCUGAGUGUAGUGAGUCAUAUUGUUUUUUAUCUUAUUAAAGUCCAGUUUUAGUUAAAGAUAUCCCAAAUAAAUAUUUAUUAAAAACACCAGUUUACAGUACAUAAGAACAGCCACUUUAUUUCAAUAUAGUCUCUUGUGUUAUUUUAUGGAUUUUUGAAACGUAAUCGAGGAAAUUCCCCAAUUCUCACAUUGCAGUGACACCUAGUGGUUAAAAUUAGAUAUGUACAAUAUGACUGUGCACUAGAAGCAUUAUUGUUCUUGAUAAAUAGGCAUGCUCGGAACACUGUAGGCACCAAUAAUGACUGUGUGUGGUAAAUGUGGUCCUGUGGCACUAUCUUUUAUUAUUAUUUUAAGGACUGCACGUUGGCACUAGAUUCACCAUCCAAAUUCAACAUGUUCCCUGUCCCUUUUGUGUCACUUUUACCCUGGAAACACAUAAUUAAACCAAAAUGAAUUCAGCAAAAGGAACUCAUUAAGUAUAACUGUCUUCAUUA